AUGCCAUCAAAUAUCUGUGAGAUUCUUACCGUCCCCCACAACCCUUAUCGUCCGCUGCACUCAGCCCUCGCCGUUCGUGUCAUCAAGAAUGAAAACAAUCAGCUGCUCUUGGGGAUACGCGUGCAAAUCGACCUCAAACAGUUAUGCCUUCAUCUGUGCUGUCGAGUUGGGCUUCUUGCUGCUGCUGCACAUGCAGCAGCCACUAGUAUCCCUUUUACUAUUUUCUAUGAUCCAAGGGCGAGCCCGCCCGAGUUUGUGAUACCUCUAGCAAAAUAUGCCAAAGCAGUUUAUCAUACUAGAGUUUCUGUAGGCAUGCUUUUUCGGAUGCUAUUCGAGACAAAAGAAUCGACUGUUCGUAGGUAUAUAAGUACAAUAACGGGCAUCAACGACUUGGAUCCAGUUCGUUGGUCAAACUCUCAUUGGCGCUCACUGAAGGAAGGUUGGUUGGGACGAAUCGACUGCAGGCGAAAGGCAACCGAGAGUCUCAUUGUGGGAGAUCGAACCUCUGACAACUUUUCCUAUGUACCCUUCUCCAUUUUCCCUCAGAUUGAAGCGGCCACGGACAGCUGGACUCCCCUCAUUCCCUGGUCCUAG